CCGCCCGCAGUAAUAAUUAAUUAUAGAAAAAGUGAAGACAAGAAGAUAAGCAGCGAUGGGGAGAGUCUAGCAACUUUUCUCCAUGUCUUCUCCUACAAUCACUCUCCUCUCCUCUCCACUUUUUCUUUCUCUAUAAAUUUCUGAUUCCUCUUCUCAAUUCCUCUCUCUCUACCAAUUUCUUCACUAUCAUAAUUAUGAGGAGAUGGAAGAAUGUCAAGCAAAUUGUUUCACCAGAUCGAUUCUCACCAUCAAACACUCACCGGAUUUUCAAUCUCCACCGCUGGAUGGCGCUUUCAACCAUCUGCUCAGCAACGCAUUUCAACAUCGCAUGCUGCAACAACAACCACCACCACCUCCAUCUCCGCCGCACUAGUAGAGAAUCACUCCUUGUCGGAUUAAAUCAUCAGGAGCGUUACAAAUGGGACGGAAGUAAUUCCGAUAUCCGCAAAAUUAGGGCAGAAGCUAACUGCCCUCGCUGCUCUAAGCAUAUGGAUCUCCUUUUCUCUAAUUAUCGCAAUGACACUAACCCUAAUCUUGUUGAUUUGAAGCAAAACAGCAGUAGUAAUACUAAUAGUAAUAAUAAUUAUCAGGCGGUUAAUUUUUGCCCCAGUUGUAAAACUGCUUAUUAUUUCCGUCCUUACAAGAUGACUCCCUUACAAGGUAGUUUCAUUGAAAUUGGAAGAGUAGCCAAUAAUAAUAAAUCUAAGAAUAGUAAUAACAAUAAAAUUGCCCCUUCUAAGGAAUCUAAUGGAACUUCUGAUAAUGAUUCUAGUAAUAAUGCUAAUGCUAUUAUCAGUAAUCGACUUAGGGCUUCAUUUUGGGAUACGCUGAGGUCGUAUGCAGGUGAUCCUUUGCCCGAGAAUUGGCAUGGAAAUGGAAAUGGAAAUGGAAAUGGAAAUGGGGAUGGAAAUGGGAAUGGAUUGGCCGUGCAUACUCCGCCCGGACCACCAUUUGCGCCUGGUGUUAAUGCGAUUAGGGCUCAUGGACCCGGUGGUGGUGGUGGUGGUGAUGGUGGGGAAAGGGGUGGUGGCAGCAGCAGUGGCGGUGUUGGAUGGGGUGGGUCUAACUUAGGGAAGGAUUUGCCUACUCCGAAAGAGAUUUGCAAAGGUCUUGAUAAAUUUGUUAUUGGUCAAGAUAGAGCUAAAAAGGUUCUCUCUGUGGCUGUCUACAACCACUAUAAAAGGAUUUACCAUGCCUCUUUGCCAAAAGGGCCAGUGGCAGAAUCAGGAAGUUCAGAGGCAGUUAAUGAUGACGACAAUGUAGAGCUAGAAAAGAGCAAUGUGCUUUUAAUGGGCCCGACUGGUUCAGGCAAGACGUUGCUGGCAAAAACAUUAGCACGUUUUGUCAAUGUUCCAUUUGUUAUUGCUGAUGCAACAGCCUUAACUCAGGCUGGUUAUGUUGGUGAAGAUGUUGAAUCAAUACUGUAUAAAUUACUCACGGUGGCUGAGUUUAAUGUGCAAGCAGCUCAGCAAGGAAUUGUUUACAUUGAUGAAGUUGAUAAGAUUACAAAAAAGGCUGAGAGCGUGAACAUUAGCAGAGAUGUCUCAGGCGAAGGUGUCCAGCAAGCACUAUUGAAAAUGCUAGAAGGAACUAUAGUCAAUGUUCCUGAGAAGGGGGCAAGGAAGCAUCCUCGUGGCGAUAACAUUCAGAUAGAUACAAAGGAUAUUCUUUUUAUAUGCGGUGGAGCAUUUGUGGAUCUUGAAAAGACAAUUUCAGAGAGACGGCAGGAUUCAUCAAUUGGAUUCGGUGCACCUGUUCGUGCUAACAUGAGAGCAGGUUUAGUAACCAAUGCUGCAGUCACAUCAUCUUUACUUGAAUCUGUUGAAAGUGCUGAUCUAAUAGCAUAUGGACUCAUACCAGAGUUUAUUGGGCGUUUCCCUAUUUUAGUUAGUUUAUCGGCUCUUUCAGAGGAUCAACUUGUGCAGGUCUUAACAGAGCCUAGAAAUGCUCUUGGCAAGCAGUACAAGAAACUAUUUAGCAUGAAUAAAGUGAAGCUACAUCUUACAGAAAAAGCUCUGAGAUUGAUUGCAGAAAAGGCUAUGGCUAAGAAUACCGGUGCCAGGGGUUUAAGAGCCAUACUGGAGAGUAUUCUAACUGAAGCCAUGUAUGAGAUCCCUGACAUAAAAACUGGAAAUGAUAGAAUAGAUGCUGUUGUAGUUGAUGAGGAGUCCAUAGGUUCAGUAAAUUCUUCUGGUUGUGGUGGGAAAAUUCUCCGCGGGGAUGCUGCAUUGGAGAGUUACAUAGCUGAAUAUAAGCUCAAGGAAUCAGUGGAAAACGUUGAGGCCGCUGAUACGGAGUUGCAAGAUGGAGAAUCAGAAGUAGCAUCCAGAGCCAUGAGCAUGUAACACGACUCUAUACAGUAGUCAGUGAUUGAUAGUUUUUUAAAUUGUGUUUUAUGUAAUUAUUUCCUUGUAUCACAGCAUAGAAAAAAAAGUGUAAGAGGAAAUGUACAUUGCCAGUGAAGGCAACAUUGUACAAAACAUGUGUACACUUUAGUUGAAUAAUUAAUGUAUACCAGUACAUUUCAAUAA